GGGUGUGUCCGCCCCGUAGCGAGGCCGCUCUCGGCGCCUGACGGAGGGAGUGUGUGAGAGAGAGAGGGGGAGAGAGGGAAGGAAGGAGAGACUCCAACAGAGAGAGAGAAGGGAGAGCGGACACCAUGUGCGGAAUCUUUGCAUACCUGAAUUACCAUGUACCCAGGACAAGGAGGGAGAUUCUGGAAACUCUCAUCAAAGGGCUUCAGCGUCUUGAGUACCGCGGAUAUGAUUCUGCCGGUGUUGGAAUCGAUGGUGGAAAUGACAAGAACUGGGAGAAUAAUGCACGUCAGAUCCAUCUGAUCAAGAAGAGUGGAAAGGUCAAAGCCUUGGAGGAUGAAAUUGAAAAGCAAGAUUCCAUUGAUUUUGACGUUGAUUUUGAAGUGCAUCUUGGCAUUGCGCACACACGUUGGGCAACUCAUGGUGUCCCAAGCUCGGUCAACAGUCAUCCACAACGAUCUGACAAGAACAAUGAGUUUGUUGUCAUCCACAAUGGCAUCAUUACAAACUACAAGGACCUGAAGAAAUUCCUGGAAAGUAAAGGUUAUGAAUUUGAAUCUGACACUGACACAGAAUCCAUUGCGAAGCUGGUCAAAUACAUGUAUGAUAACCGUGAGAGUGACGACAUCAGCUUUGCCACCCUGGUGGAGAGGGUCAUUCAGCAACUGGAAGGUGCUUUUGCUCUGGUCUUGAAGAGUAUCCAUUAUCCAGGUGAAGCAGUUUGCACUAGGCGGGGAGGCCCUCUACUGAUUGGUGUGCGAAGUGAGCACAGAUUAUCCACUGACCACAUCCCUGUGCUAUACCGUUCAGGGAAGGACAAGAAGGGAAACUGCAGCCUUCCUCGGACUGACAGCACCACCUGCUUGUUCCCAGUGGAGGAGAAAGCUGUUGAGUACUACUUUGCAUCAGACGCCAGUGCUGUGAUCGAGCACACCAAUCGAGUGAUCUUUCUGGAGGAUGAUGACGUGGCAGCCGUGGUAGACGGACACCUCUCCAUCCACCGGAUCAAGCGCAGAGCUGGCGAUCAUCCAGCCCGUGCCAUCCAGACUCUACAACUGGAGCUUCAGCAAAUCAUGAAAGGCAACUUCAGCUCCUUUAUGCAGAAAGAAAUCUUUGAGCAGCCUGAGUCUGUUCUCAACACUAUGAGAGGAAGAGUCAACUUUGAUGACUAUACAGUCAUUCUGGGUGGCUUACAGGACCACAUCAAGGAGAUUCUGAGGUGCCGACGUCUAAUCCUCAUCGCUUGUGGGACAAGUUUUCAUGCUGGUGUUGCUACUCGACAGGUGCUGGAAGAGCUUACAGAACUGCCCGUCAUGGUUGAACUUGCCAGUGAUUUUCUGGACCGAAACACUCCAGUCUUUAGAGAUGAUGUCUGCUUCUUCCUCAGCCAGUCAGGGGAAACAGCUGACACUCUGAUGGCACUGAGGUACUGCAAGGAGAGGGGGGCCCUGACUGUGGGCAUCACAAACACAGUUGGUAGCUCCAUCUCUCGAGAAACAGACUGCGGUGUCCACAUCAAUGCUGGACCAGAGAUUGGAGUCGCCAGCACCAAGGCAUACACCAGCCAGUUUGUUUCUCUUGUGAUGUUUGCACUCCUGAUGUGUGAAGAUAGGAUUUCCAUGCAGGAGAGACGAAAGGAAAUUAUACGAGGUUUGAAGGCAUUACCAGACCUCAUUAAAGAAAUCUUAACUCUGGAUGAAGAGAUACAGAAUUUGGCGAGAGAACUCUACCAGCAGAAAUCGGUUCUCAUCAUGGGCCGUGGCUAUCACUACGCCACUUGCCUGGAGGGGGCGCUGAAAAUCAAAGAGAUCACGUAUAUGCAUUCUGAAGGUAUCCUAGCAGGUGAGCUGAAACACGGACCCCUGGCCCUGGUCGACAAGCUGAUGCCAGUUAUCAUGGUGAUCAUGAGGGAUCACACAUACACCAAGUGCCAAAACGCUCUGCAGCAAGUGGUCGCACGGCAGGGCCGUCCAGUGGUGAUUUGUGACAGGGAUGAUUACGAGACCAUCAAGAGUGUAAACCGGGUAAUUAAAGUGCCUCACAGUGUGGACUGCCUGCAGGGGAUCCUCAGCGUCAUCCCACUCCAGCUGCUUUCCUUCCACCUUGCUGUUCUACGAGGAUUUGAUGUUGACUGUCCCCGAAACCUGGCGAAAUCCGUGACCGUGGAGUGACACCAUGUACAGAAUCCACAGGAAAGACAGAGGGCCAAUGUUUAUUUUUUAACCUGAAAAAUCUUAACUUUUUUUAUAUUUUAGAAAGUUUGUAAACCCACUGGGGAUAAUCUUCCUAUUUUACUUUUUAGAGUAGUGCAACUUAUGUGGGGCAGUUCUACACAUGUAGAGCUGUGCAUUAUUGAAUCAAUAGAAAAGGAAAUAGAAGGCAAGAUUGCUGCACAGUGGGCUGUGACCUUAAUGUUUUUUUGUGUUGGGUUUUUAUCUCUGUUCAGUGUUUCUUCCGUUUAGGAUUAAUCUCAAACCAGGGUUUCAGCUGCUUAUCCCUCUCUCCAUUCCAAAUCAUUGUAAUUUCACUGUACUGUGCAGAAGUGAAGACGGUUUGUGAGCACAGUGCACUGAUCACUGCUUUGUAAUACAAGUCACUUUUUUCUUUGGACCAAUGAAUGACCAAUCAAGUCUGUGACAAGGGAACACUGUCGUCUGGAGUGGAGUGAAAGGGAUACUGCUGGCAUGUCAGAAACCGAACCCUGUGCCCAUUCUUCAACAGAAAUGUAACACAUAAAGACAGAGCCAAAAUCUACAUUUUCAGCUUUGUUGUGUUGAAAGUUACACUAUGUGGGCAAGAGCUGGAAGAGUCACACCAGUUCCUUCACCCACAGGAUAUUUUACUAUCCAAAUGUCUGAAAGUUCAGAUUUCUUUCAUUCUCACCUGCUCUCAGGCCUGCUGCCUUCCUGCAAACUGUGCUCAGAUUUAACAAGUUCACACAAACAAAACUCAUGUUAUGAAACAUCAGAUUUCUCUUUUCAGUCUGCUCACAUGAUGUGGCAUGUUCCUCAUUACUGGCUUAUUGUGAGCAGCUGUUGGGAGUUGACUUUGCUCAGUAAUUCUCAUUGUAAAUAGUAAAUUCCCAAUAAUGUAAAAUGACCCCUGAAACAGUGCACAUCAGAGGUUGCUGAGUUUCCUGGAGUUAACCCACACCUGUCUCAAUAGGAACAGCAGCAGCAGUUGAUGAAGAAUAAAGGCAAUUCACGAAAGUUGCAUUUUAUCUUCCCACUCCUCCACUCCACCUCAAUAUAUCUUCACUUCCAAAAUGGGGAAUGAAGCAUGAAACUGCUUAAAACUGACACAUGACAGUUUGAUGAUGAGCUGAAACCCUGUUAUGUAUGUAUGAUUCAUUAUUUAUGUUGGCUUAAUACUUUAUACUGUGAUUUUUAACUUACUGGGUCCUUGCAUGAAGUUGAAGCUUGUGACACAAAAGGAAAUCCAUGGAUUCCCUUUGGAAAUGUGAAUCAGAGAAAAAAAAAUCAGAAAACUAGAAAUUAGAUGAAGAAAAACCUUUAAAAUCAUUUCACGAAAGAAGUUGACUUUUGUUCAUUCGAAGAUAAUGUUACUUAACUCCUGACAGAAGCAACAGGGGGUGACUGUAACCGUGAUGAGCUGGGAUUAGUCCUGGGCAGGCAUGUCACUCUCUGGCACGAACAGUCUACGCAUGUAGUGCACGAAGAAGUAUAAUUUCAGCCUUUCCAGUGUCAGUUAAUUGGACAUGCUGCAAUCUGGAGGAGAGUAACACUUCUGGCCAUCCCGUGGAUCCUACCACUCCACGCAACUGGGUUUAAAAGGAAACACUCACAUGUGGAAAAAUUGAAGGAAAACUUGCAUGCAGUCAUGAAGCCUGUUCCUUUCUGCAAGUGUUUAGAUGAACUGAGUCACAUUACGUCAGGUUUUUUAGCUGCUGAGUUGCAAAUCAGUUUUGGAUCUACUUUUGCGAACUGUGCAACAUAUGUCUCCAGAGAGCAGUGGAACUGGUCUGGAAUGCCACAGAAUGUUUUUGUCCUGUCUGAGUUUGGAAGGUCUGAACAAAAUUGUCAGAUACAAAGGAUUUUUUUCUUGAUCCCUAAUCAUCCCGUCCCCACCUCCACCCUGUACCUUGAUGUCAGUAUCUGCCAAGGUUUUUGUUCAUCUCGUGUUAAGCUUGAAGUUUGAUUCCAGCUUCACUGUCAUGCAAUGAAUGAGGAAGUGUAAUCUUGGAGAAUUUUGAUAACUGGAGUAUUUAAAGAAGGAAUAAAUUUUGCUGAGC